GUCCUUAUCCUUAAGGGUCUCAAGCAGGAGGUCAGUUGCCUCUGCCCCUCUCCAGAUGGGUUGCACUUGGCUGUUGGGUAUGAAGAUGGAUCAAUCCGAGUCUUCAACCUCCUAAGUGGAGAAGCGAAUAUCACUUUCAAUGGACACAAGGCUGCAGUUACAGCCCUGCAGUAUGACCAUCUGGGUGGCCGGUUGGUGUCUGGCUCAAAGGAUACAGAUGUCAUCGUGUGGGAUGUCAUCAAUGAGAGCGGUCUGUACCGGCUGAGAGGACACAAGGAUGCUGUCACUCAGGUCCUUUUCUUGAAGGAGAAGAACCUGUUGGUCACCAGCGGCAAGGACACAUUGGUGAAAUGGUGGGAUCUGGACACCCAGCACUGCUUCAAAACUCUGGUUGGACACCGUACUGAGGUUUGGGGGAUGGCUUUGAUAUCCGAAGAGAAGCGUCUGAUCACUGGGAGUGCUGACAGUGAGCUGAGAGUGUGGGAUAUCACUUACAUCCAGGAGGUAAAAGAUCCUGAUGAGCCAGAAUCCAAGAAAAGCAAAGGAUCUUCACCUGGAGCAGAAGAAAACACUGAAGAGGAUGAGACCCUGGAGUUGGAUGAACGUCCUGAGGAACGCCUCGUAAAGUGCAGCAAAGUUGGAUCCAUCAUGCGGGAAGGGAGAGACCGAAUAGUUACUCUUGCCACAGACCGAACGGGCAGGAUUUUGGCCUGCCAUGGAACAGAUGCUGUUCUGGAAGUGUUCUCUGUCCUUUCUGAAGAGGAAGUCCAAAAGAAAUUGGAGAAGAAAAUUAAGAAAGCAAAGAAAAAAGCCAAACAGAACUCUGAAGAGGAGCCUGAAAGGAAUGUGGAGCUCAGCCUGCAGGAGGAGAUUCAGCGGGUCACUAGCAUCAGAGCUUCUUCUAAAAUCAAGUCAUUUGACUUGAUUCUCUCUCCAAAAGGAGAGCUGAAGAUUGUACUGCUGCUCCAGAACAACAUCAUUGAGUUGUACAACCUGAACCUGUCAGCACAAGUCCCACAGGCUGUCUGUGCAUCCAAGAUAACCAUUGGAGGCCACCGCAGUGAUGUCAGGACGUUGGCUUUUAGCUCUGACAACAUUGCCGUUCUCUCAGCAGCUGCAGAGUCUGUAAAGAUUUGGAACAGAUCGACCUUGCAGUGCAUCCGGACAAUGGACUGUGAGUACGCACUCUGCUCGCUCUUUGUCCCAGGAGAUCGGCAGGUCAUUGUUGGCACCAAGACAGGGAAGCUGCAGCUGUAUGACCUGGCUUCUGGGAGUCUGAUGGAGACACUUAAUGCUCAUGACGGGGCGGUGUGGUCCAUUGCUCUUUCGCCAGAUCAGCGUGGCUUUGUGACAGGAGGUGCUGAUAAAUGUGUCAAGUUCUGGGAGUUUGAGCUUGUGAAGGAUGAGAGCAGUGUUCAGAAAAGGCUCUCCAUGAAACAUGUGCGCGUUUUGCAGCUGGAUGAAGAUGUUCUCUGUGUGCGGUACAGCCCCAGCCAGAAGCUGCUGGCUGUCUCCUUACUGGAUUGCACUGUGAAGAUUUUCUACAUUGACACGCUCAAGUUUUUCCUCUCUCUGUAUGGACACAAGCUGCCAGUGCUGUGUAUGGACAUCUCCUAUGAUGGGACUCUAAUUGCGACCGGCUCUGCUGACAGGAAUGUGAAGAUUUGGGGCUUGGAUUUCGGGGACUGUCACCGCUCUCUCUUCGCCCAUGAUGACAGUGUGAUGUAUCUGCAGUUUGUGGCGAAAUCCCACCUCUUCUUCACAGCUGGCAAGGACAGCAAGAUUAAGCAGUGGGAUGCAGAUAAAUUUGAGCACAUCCAGACGCUGGAGGGGCAUCACAAGGAGGUGUGGUGUUUGGCACUUAGUCCCAAUGGAGACUAUGUGGUGUCAGCAUCCCAUGACAAGUCCCUGCGCCUCUGGGAAAGGACGAGGGAGCCACUUGUUUUGGAAGAGGAAAGGGAGAUGCAACGAGAAGCUGAAUACGAAGAGAGUGUGGCGAAGGAAGAGCAGCCUGUGGUGGCUGGAGAGAUGCAAGGAGAGACAGGGCUGGCAGGAAAGAAGACUAUUGAAACCAUCAAAGCGGCUGAGCGGAUCAUGGAAGCUAUUGAGCUGUAUAGAGAAGAGAUGGCAAAACUAACGGAGCACAAGGCCAUAUGCAAAGCUGCGGGAAAAGAGGUUCCCUUUCCUGUGAAUCCCGUCCUCCGUGCCUAUGGAAAUAUUACACCUUCUGCGUAUGUGCUAGAAGUUUUCAAGAAGGUCAAGUCAAGUGAGCUGGAAGAGUCUCUCCUGGUGCUGCCGUUCUCCUAUGUCCCUGACCUGCUCAGACUCUUCAAUGAAUAUAUUCACCUGGGUUCGGAAGUUGAACUCCUGUGCCGAGCUCUCCUCUUCCUGCUCAAGAUACAUUUUGGACAGAUCACAAGCAACCACAUGCUGGUGACGGUGAUAGAAAAUCUGAAGAAAACCACCAUCUCCAGAGUCAGUGAGGCCCGGGAUGUGCUGGGAUUCAACAUGGCAGGGCUCCAGUACCUGAAGAGGGAAAUUGAGGCCAAGGAUGAGGUGACAUUUUUUGCUGAUGCCACUGACCGUUUUGAGGAGAAGAAGAGGAAGAGAAAGAAGAAGGAGAAGAUGGUUCUUGCAGUGCUCUAGCGUUUGCUGCCCAAGACCCAGAGCACCUGGAUGGGCUCAUGUAACCUCAGUGCUGGCCAUGGAAGUGUUCUUGUGGCUGAACAUCUGU